AUGAGUAAAAAACCACAGCGACGUACUCAGGAAAAUAAUUUUGAUCAUGGAACACGACAAAUAUCUACUAAAAUUCGAUCAAAAUCUAACCAACAUUUAUCAUCCCAAUAUUCUCAAGAAGCUGAACGUAGAGAUCACAAUAUACAAUCUUCGUUAACUAAAAUUCUCAGCCAACGUUAUCAAAACUCUCAAGAAGAGGAUGGUGUGGAUGAUACACAAUCAUCUCAAAUUCGUUUUUUAGAAGAGCAAGAAUUGAUGCGUUCACCAGUAAUUACUUCUAGUGGUACUGUUAAUCUCAGUAGAAUGCGUGAAAAGUAUAGCAAUAUACGGCUUCCAUCCCAAUAUCAAACUAAUGAAUAUGAACAAAUGCAAAGUGAUAAUGAUUUAUUGUCAGAGAACAGAAUAUUAAAAAAAGAAUUAUCUGAUUUGCGCGAGAUGGAAAAUUUACGCGAAGAGAAUAAAUUUUUAGUUACUGUCAAUUCGGAAUUUAGCAACGAUAAUGAUAAAUUAGUAAAACAGAAUGAUGAAUUGAAAAGUAAAUUUAAACAAUAUCAGAAAUAUAAACUACCUGCUUUAAUGUGGAGAAACGAUGACAAUAUCGAUUCUGAUUCCAAUCAACAUUCAUUCAAAUGUCGAAAAAUUAAUAAAAAAUCAAGAAAAUCUAAAAGAAAAAAAUGCAUAUAUUAUGAUGAAAAAGAGUCAUCAGCAAAUGACAGUGAAAACAGUGUAGAAAUAGUAGAUGAAGCUGAUGAAAUAAAAGCAAGACCGCAUAUACAAUUAGAUUAUAAUGAGACAUUCGAUAGUAAGAAAAAUAUCGAGGUGCAAAACCGGCUAAUUCCAGAAUUUAAGAAGGGCAAUGGCUCCAAAUUACCAUCCAUCAGUUAUGGAAAGAUUAUUGAAGAUAAUCGACGAGUUCAUCGUAAUAACAGAAUGAAUGAUAAAAAAAUGUGUAGAAUAAAGGCUGCAAAAGAUCUUUAUAAGUGUAAUGACCCACGAGUAACAAAAUAUCCAAAACAAACUUUAUUCAAGAUUCUGGCUGAUCGCUCUUAUCAUUCACCUGAAGUUAGUGAAACAGAUGAUGAAAAUCUGGACGAUAAUAUAAUUUGUGUUUAUAACUAUUCGUGGUGUUCAAAUGAA